GUUGGGAAGACUGACUUAGUUGGCCUAAGCUUUGUAUGAAGAGAGCAGAGCAAAACGAGGACUGAAGACCGCCAGGUCGGGAUUUAACAAGAUCAUUAUCCAGGACAAACGUGAUGGAUUUUUCAUCUCUGGUUUCAGCAAUUCUAUUAUCAUUAGUUUUAUUAUUUUUUGUGAUACAUUUUUAUUUCCACUCAACUGAACGAGGACGUUAUUGUAAUAAAAUUUCAGGACCUAAGUCGUAUCCGAUCAUUGGAAAUAUUCUAGACAUUAUCGUUUCUCCUGAAGAGUUUUGGGAUUUUCUUCGCCGCUCAACAAGAGAUUAUUACCCUAUUUGGAAAGUCUGGCUAGGAAUUUGGCCUGUCGUAAAUAUUCAUCAUCCUGACGACGUUGAAGUUCUUCUAAGUAGCACUAAAAAUAUACGAAAAAGUUUAGUGUACGAUGUAAUUCGCCCGUGGAUGCAGGACGGUCUUCUACUAAGUACAGGAGAAAAAUGGCGGAGUCGAAGAAAAAUAUUGACUCCAGCAUUCCACUUCAACAAUCUCAAAGAGCACCUGAAUUUCAUGAUCGAACAUACAGACCGUGUGAUCAAUGAAAUCAAAUCUGGAGCUAACGAUGGAGUUAUCAAAGAAGUUCUGCCUUUACUUACUACUUUUACCCUGAAAACAAUUUGCGAAUCAACUAUGGGAGUGCCAAUUAAAGGAAGUGAUGACGAUGAAGAUAAUUAUAAAGAAUCAGUUCACAGAAUAGGCGAAAUUUUUCUUUAUCGAGGUACCAGACCAUGGCUCAUGAACAAUUGGAUCUUUGGUCUGACUUCCAAAGGCCGUGAGCAGAGCAGACUUUUAAAAUACCUCCAUGGCUUUUCGAAUAAGAUAAUAAAAGAACGUAUAAGUUAUCAUGAAAAAACUGGAGGAAAAUAUUUGAAUGAUUCUUCGUCGGCUGCAUCAAAUUCAAACUCACAAUCUGACGACGGAACAAAGCGCAGAAGACUCGCAUUCCUAGACAUUUUAAUCGCAGCUUCAAAGCGUGAAUUAGGAGUCGACCGUAAAGGUAUCAGUGAAGAAGUUGAUACGUUUGUUUUUGAGGGCCAUGAUACUACCGCUACUGUUUUAGUGUUUGCUGUCUUACUUUUAGCUGAACACAAAGACAUUCAAAAUAGAGCAAGAACUGAAAUUGAAGAAGUGUUGAAAGAAAGUAAUGGAAAAAUGAGUAUGGAGGCGAUUCAACGUUUUACGUAUUUAGAAUGUUGUAUUAAAGAAGCAUUGAGACUUUAUCCAAGUGUACCACUCGUUUCAAGACACAUCGAAGAAGAUUUGCAACUAAAACAUUCUUUUGUACCAAAAGGAACGAUUGUGAACGUCCUCGUCUUCGACACUCAUCGCGAUCCAAAUUUCUGGCCGCGUCCGAAUAUUUUUGAUCCGAAUAGAUUUUUUUUGGGACGACCGGAAGACAGACAUCCUUAUUCUUACAUUCCGUUUAGCGCCGGACCACGCAACUGCAUAGGUCAAAAGUUUGCAAUGCUCGAAAUGAAGACAUUUUUGGCUGGACUGUUGUACAACUUUUAUUUGGAACCUCAAGAAGCUACUGAAGCUGUUCGUAUUUAUUCUGAUCUUGUAAUCAGACCCUCCUCUCCAGUUUAUGUUAAAUUUGUACCAAUAAUAAGAUAAUCAUAAUUAUAUUGAAUUAACUAAUAUAAAUAAAUUUAGUUAAAUAUUUC